CGACGAGUUUUUGGCCAGCGGAGACCGUAGGUUGCGUCUGGUGGAGGGAGAGUGAGCGGGGCUGCCCUGAAUGGAUUGACAUAAGAGGGAUUUACAUUUUAACGGGUGUCGUGCUCCGUAAAGACGACACGGUGCACGGUGAAAAGCUGCUAUCCGGCCCGGUGUCCGCUCCACGCCGUCGGUGCUUGUACCAUGUCCAUGUGUCACCGUCGUGAGAGGAUUGAACUUAGCAGCGGUCUAUAUUUGCCGAGGAGGGAAACCAAUAGAAGGUCUCGCUGUCUCGCUGGAGCGGAGUAUUAUUAGCAGUUCAGACAGUGCAACUGUCUCUCUGUGGUCAUGCACUGAAAUUACACAAUACCAACAGCACUAUAAGUCACAGUUCAAUGGUAAAACACAAAAGAGGAAGGUUGUAAAAAGAAACUAAAAAUAAAUAAUUGUGUGCCAAGCAAAAAGAUAAACAUUCACCUGGCUCCCAUGCCGGCUGUCAGAAAUCCUCCCCUCCACACCCUCAGCCAUGCCUGCUACUACCAAACCCGCCAGGAGACAGACGCCCGCUCAGAGGAAGAACGGCCAGAAAGUGAUCAGCACCAAGAGGCAGACCUGCAAUUCAAAUAAACCCAGAGGAAGAGCCGCAGAGAGGCCCCGGAAAGCACCUGCAGAAGCCAAAAGGUCAACAACCAGGGCCCAGGCGCAGUCAGGGCGAAGCCCUCGUGGAAGAGGGGCUGGUCAGGGUCCAGGGAGGUCCCCUGGCAGAGCUAACCAUGCCCUGCAAGUAACAGGAUCUGCAAGACUUAGACGCUCCAGCAAUCUGCCUGACCACUGUGGCAACUUACAAGACCCCCUCGGGCGGAGGAAGUCCCAGCGGGGCGCGCAGGUGUCGCUUACUCCCUGCCAGCCUCCUGAACCUUGCAGAGGUGGGAAAAGCAGCAGGGGGAGGAGAGCGGCGCCCCAGCAUGGAAACACAAGAAACCAGCCCUCGAACACCAGCAUCAAAGAUUCAGCUCUUGGUGAGGAAAACGAGAAACUGGAUGAUGAUGAUGACGAUAAUGAAGAAAUCCCUCCAGUUUCUCUAAAAACUGACACUGAAGUUCCUCCAAGUGUCAAAGACCAGGCCGGUAGAGUUAAUGACGCUAAAGAGGGCAGCCCUCUUGAAGCUGAUUCACCACCACGUAAUGACACACUGGAGGACUGUGUGCAGCGCAGCGAUGACAGUCCUACAACCCAGCAAGACAAAAAGACUGUCAGCCACAACGGUGAAGGUGACCUGAAGUGUGUCAUUGGGGCCCCAGUGUGUGGUGAUGUUGACAGACAGCUAAAACUCUGCAGCGACAUGAGUGAAGAUCAGCCCUCUGAGUCCUCAGAGUUAACAAGCACUGGCUCAUCAGGAGUGCAGAGCAGCCACGAGGGAAAUGACACUUCAUCUAUCCCUGGAAAUAAGCUUGAUCAUCUUGCCAGCGAUGGGAAGCAAGAUGAUGUGUGCACUGUCGAACAAGAGGAAGCUAGCGCCUUAGAUUUGACAGAGAAUAGGAUGGAUGAAAGUGUCGUCAGUGAGAGAAAAGAGGAGGUAAAUGUUGAGGGAGGAGAAAUUUUGGACGCAGAGACGACCGUUGAGAGACAAAAUGAGACUGUGGAAGAGACGGAGGAGAUUUCUGAGAGGCUGGGUGAUUGUGAGAGUGAAGACAGAGGCAAUAAAGAACGGGAGAGUGAGGUUUCCACCAAUUCUGCUGACUCCCAAACCAGCACUCCAGCCUGUCGAAGCCCAGAUCCACCUCAUUGUAACAAGGGACUGACAGCACCGUCAGAAUCACCUGAUCGUGUGCUACUGGUCUCCAACACAGCUACCUCAAAUCCCACCAAAGCCCCCUCCACCUCAGAGUCACUUGAUCUAGAGGUUCUGAGCCAGGGUAAGACAGAUAUUCAGCCUACCAUUCAUGGUGCUAAACCUCAGUUUCCAGGGUCUUCAGCGUCAGUCCCUGAAACUACCCUGAUGGUGCGGACUGUUGUAGUGAAAAGAAACAUGCCGGUUAUUAUCCGGAGAGACUCCCUCACACCUACGAGCUUGAGGGAUUCAAACCAAGGGGAACCACAACAACUUCAAAGCCUACAGAUCCAGUCUCCUCAGGGAGAAAGACAAGCUUGCACACCAGCAGAGACGCAGACCAAAGAUAGUGAAUUCAGUCAGGAGAAGCUGGAGCAAAACACCCAGAAAGCGACAUCUUUGCUGUCCUUGUCACUAGUUAGUCAGUCCAGCGCAGACGCCCCUGCAGCCGAACCAAACCUCAGCGAGGACAGCGUUCAGGUCGCAGCGCCGGAGCAGGACUCGGUGCCAAAGAUCUCGACUCCUUCUCUGGACAGUAGCUCCACCUUCUCCUGCAGCUCAGAAAGCACUCGCUCCUCUUUUUCAUUUGACACUGAAUCAGAGGCAGGAUAUGGAGAGCCCAGCCCGUCUGUUCUGCCCGGAUCCUGGGGGCCAGAUGGGGCCGGCUCGCUCUUCUGGACUGCUCCAAAACCACAGAAGAAGGAGAAGAAGAAGCGGAGCAGGUGCGGGACGUGCGAGCCGUGCCUCAGGAAGAUCAGCUGUGGCCAGUGCAGCUGCUGCCUCAACCGCAGGACCGGCCACCAGAUCUGUAAGCUGAGGAAGUGCGUGGAGCUGAAGAGGAGAAGAUUUUCAUCUCCGCUCGCUCACUCUGCUGCACAGGUGGUUCCAGAAAGUGGGUCGGUAAAUGGCAAAGGCAAGGCACAGAUGGAUGACACCCACAUGGCAGCAGAGGAGGAUGAGGGGGAGGAAGGACACAUACCUCAUACACAGUCUCCCCCCAUCACCCACUCGCUCACCCACAACCUGGCCUCAGACCAGGGCGGACGGCUAGCACUUAUUAAAAGAGAGCCCAGGCUGGAGCUGACUAGCAAUGCACUUCACCAAAAUGUAUGCUCUUCUGUGACUUUGCAGAACGGUUCUGCUGAGAACCUGAUGAAACCUAAUGGUGCUAAUAUGACCACUGGGUCACACUCUGAUCUGAAGUCUGCAUAUAAAAGGACUACAAUGGCAUCAGAGCCUCAAAGGACUAUAAUAGCUGCAAUCCCUAAAGACUGCUCUGAGAAUGGACCCAGGACUCCUCCAGAUGACAUGUCAGUUCCACUAAAGAAGAUCAAACUGGAGGAGCCGUGGAUGUGGAUCACUGAACAGACCACCACACAGCUGAGUGAUGAAGACGAGGUUUGCGAAGACCCGCUGUCGACGCUGGCGGCCGUUGUGUGUCUUUCUGUCACAGAGAGGAAGGGACUGGAGGAAAAACUUUUCAGCUCGCGGUCUUCCAUUCUUCGCUCCGUCAAAACAGAGCCACAAGAUUUGCACUUUGUCAAAAAAGAGAAAGAUGACUUAAAGAAUGACUUGUGUCAGAAAAGCACUCCUGUUAACUCACAAAGGACUCCCCAGACCAUCAAAAGUGAACCUCCUCCAAGUGUCUUGUUACCAAGUGUGCAGUCUUUGGCAGAGAGGAGAAAUCUUAGUUUUGAUCAGGCUAUUGCUAUUGAGGCCUUGACUCAACUGGCAGCUAUACCUCAAAGCACCCCAGGGUCCAUUAAAGCUGAGACUAAGUGUGAACAUCCCAUUUCUGCUGCUGCCCCAUUCUCAACCUCCAACACAAAUACAUCCCUGCACGAAGCCAAACCCACAGCAGCUAUCCGCCACAACAAAGUCUCGGUCAUCAGCUCACCACUACACCAGACGUCAGUCAUACGCCCUCCUGUGGCCAGACAAGGGAACGUCAUCCAGUGCUCCCGGGGGUUGAACACAAAGCUGUCUCUGCAGGACCUUCUAGAGGCCAGCUCAGACAGUGACAGAGCGACCUGCAGGUGGACGGACAAGGGCUACGGUUCUCAUGUCAUCAAGUCAGAAUGCAGCUAUAAAGACCCCAGUGACAUGAAGUUCAGCAGGGAUCAUGAGCUGUUGUUUGGGGAGGACAGAGACGGAGUUGUUGGAAAAGUAAGGAGGAACAGAGAUGAGGAGGAGGUGGCGGCUCAGCUGGCAGAUCUGGCCUUCAUCAUCCAGUCCCGACACAACCAGCGGUCAGAGAACAAUCCUCCAAAAGGAACUCCCGUUUCAGCUAUCAAGUAUAACUUCAAAUCCCAGCAACCCCCCACUCAGAAAAAGCCCCUCAUAAAGAAAACAAAAGCUACGCCUUCCAAGCCCAGGAAGAAGAAAAGUGAUGGAUUACAUGAGGGAAUCAACUGCAGGACCCCCCUCUCAAAACGCAUGCCAAAUGGAGAGACGCCCCACAGAAGCAGAGGCCAGAAGAUCCUCCCGCAGGGGAAAUCAGGCCUUUACCACAAGAAGAACCUAUUUCUGCCUCAGGCUCAAAUCGAUCUGAAGAGAUACUUGGCUGAGGCUCAGGAGGAAAGGAGGCAACUCAUUCAUCACAGUAACACACACAAUACAGCCUUCUUAGCGCAGCAGAGUCAGAACUACAGCACUCUCACGAGGAUCAACCACACUCGUGGUCAAGAGAACCAGCCAUGGUCCCAUUUUAAUGGUCCACUUCACCAACACAAUUCAUGCAAUGGCUAUGCUGCAGGACCAGAGGAGUGCGAAAGGCAUUUGUUAUCUCAGGUAGCGCAGCCCUGUGGUGGGCUGCAGCACGGUGCUGAUCCUAACGCCAGCCCAGCCAAAACCGCUUUUCUCAGCCAGGCCAGCGGGCACCACGGUUUGGCUAAUGGCUUCUCGGGGCCUCGUCAGUCCCCUCCUCCAAGCCAACAGGGCUACUACAAGCUGGAGAGGUCGGGGCCAGUGACGGUCUUGUCCACGUCUAGUGACGGAGUUCAAGGCCACUCUGCAGAGUCGACUCCAUCCAAGAACAGCGUCAACAGCUUUCUGGAGUCUCCUAUGAGUUAUCUGGACACCCCUACCAGGAACCUGCUCAAUACACCUUCCAAAAAACUGGCGGAUCUUCCAUGCUGUCAAUGUGUGGACCAAAUCAUUGAAAAGGAGGAAGGCCCUUACUAUACUCAUCUUGGAGCAGGACCCAGUGUUGCUGCAGUGAGGGAGUUGAUGGAGAACAGGUAUGGUGCCAAAGGAAAUGCAGUAAGGGUGGAAGUUGUUGUUUACACUGGGAAGGAAGGCAAGAGCUCCCAAGGGUGUCCGAUAGCUAAAUGGGUAAUCCGGCGUGGCAGUGAAGAAGAGAAACUGCUGUGCUUGGUCCGCCAAAGGCCGGGGCACCGCUGUGACACUGCCGUAUUGGUGAUCCUCAUCCUGGCGUGGGAGGGAAUCCCUCGGCCGGUGGCGGACCACCUCUACCAGGAGCUCACAGAGACCCUGUUUAAAUACGGCUCCCCCACCAGCCGCCGCUGUGCCCUCAAUGAAGAUCGCACAUGUGCAUGCCAGGGUUUGGACCCGGACACCUGCGGAGCCUCUUUUUCCUUUGGCUGCUCCUGGAGUAUGUACUUCAAUGGCUGUAAGUUCGCCCGCAGCAAAGUGCCCCGCAAGUUUCGCCUGCUUGGAGACUACCGUGAAGAGGAGGAGAAGAUAGAGGGCAACCUUCAGAAUCUCGCCACUGACCUCGCACCACUCUACAAAAGACUGGCUCCUGAGGCUUUCCAAAACCAGGUGGAGAAUGAGGCAUCAGGGGAGGACUGUCGGCUGGGCAGGAGGGAGGGACGUCCUUUUUCUGGGGUCACAGCCUGUGUGGACUUCUGUGCUCACGCUCACAAGGACACUAGCAACAUGAACAAUGGCAGCACCGUGGUUUGCACUUUAACCAAGGAAGAUAACCGUGCAGUGCGUAACAUACCAGAAGAUGAGCAGCUCCACGUGCUGCCACUUUACAAGAUCUCCGACAGAGAUGAGUUUGGUCAGGUUGAGGGCCAGUGGGCCAAGAUCCAAAGUGGUGCACUGCAAGUUCUGUCUGCCUUUCCCCGAGAGGUUCGUCUGCUGGCUGAACCGGUGAAAUCAGCCCGUAAGAUUAGGCAAGAAGCUCGUCAGAAGGCUCAAGCAGAACGGAUGGAGAAGAAGCUCGGCCUGACUCCUCUCACUCCAGGGAAAGUAAAAGUUGAAACCCCCAACAAAGAGCCACAAGGCUACUACAGCGCUUACAGACUACCACCCAGACCUGCCAGUGUUGGAAGGUACCCACCUGAAAGGAAUCAACCCAGCACUUACAGCCAGAGCACCAGCAACUACCCCACUCCAGGUGCAGGGGUCGCCCCACAGAGGGAGGUCAUCUCGCCCAACCACCACGGCCUGCCGGGCCUCCAGUUUGGACAGAAUGGCUCAGCUCUCACUUAUAAGACAAUGAGUGACACCAUGAAUGGUUAUUCUCCAGCAUCUGGUAACCAGAGCAUUCUGUCAGAACAUAUACCUCCACACAACACCCUUAGAGACUACCCCAGUCCUUUUAAAACUGAGCCCAACGAGGUGCACUGCUCUCCUCUGCGCAGACUCUCCCCCAGUGCUCCUCCUCCCUCCUCUUUCUCCCCCAGACCUACCUCUGAGGGCCUCUUCAGCAGGCUCAACGGACUCCACAGGGCUGCAGAAGAUGUCGCAGCAGAGGUCAGGGAUCAUGGCCUCCCUCCGGUCGCAUCUCUCGCUCUUCCCCUACAAGCUCCCCCAAUUGAACCGGAGGAAGUUAAGCAGGAAGAGGUGUGGUCGGACAGCGAGCACAACUUUCUGGACCACGAAAUAGGCGGAGUCGCCGUGGCACCAUCGCAUGGCUCCAUCCUAAUCGAGUGCGCGCGGCGGGAGCUCCACGCCACCACCCCGAUCCUCAGGCCCAACCGCAGCCACCCCACCCGCAUCUCCCUGGUCUUCUACCAGCACAAGUCCCUGAAUGAGCCAGGCCACGGAAUGGCUAUGUGGGACGCCAAAAUGGCCAAGCGGGAACGGGAUCGGGAGGAGGAGGCCGAGAGGUUAAGGAUGGAGGGCAGCCUGGGGAAAAAUGCUGGAGGGGCGGAGGGAGAGGAGGAUGCAGGUGAGGACGCAGAAGAGACGAGGAGGAAUAUGAAUGUCCCCACACGUCAGGCAUGGACUCUCCCGAGGGAUGGCGUCAUCACCGUGUCCCCUUAUGCUCUUACCCAAGUGACGGGCCCUUACAACCGCUGGACUUAGUCAGCAUGUUUUACACCUAAACACACACGAACACACACACACACACACACCCACAGAAACUCCUACACCCUGUGCUUCUGCCUUACCUCAAUCAACUUCAAACUGCUACUCUCAUUUUUAUGUCGUUUUCAUUGUGCUUUUCUAAUAUCUGUUAACUUUGUCCUUCUUCGUCUCUGCCUUCGAAGUGAUGGGGAAGACCAAAGUUUGUUGGCUUUUUAACUGUGAGUUUCGGUGUUGGUUUUUAUUGUAUAGAGAUGGUGCUUUGAAGCAUUUAAAGACGUUUUUAAACUGGUUUUAUAUACAUGAUAACGAACAAAAAAGAUGUGAUUAUUUAUUCUGAUCAUAACGAUUUCUAUUUAAUUUCUGGUGUAAGCCUGUUUACUGCAAGAUUUCUAUGAUAACCUGCAUUAUGUGUUGACGCUCAGAAUUUAUGUUGUACAGUAGGACUAUACUUUUUUUUUUUUUUUUUUAAUUUCAGCCAAUAGUUCUCUUUUCAUGAGAUGAAUCUGAUUGGCUUUUACAUUGGUGCCAUUCUCACUGUAAUCUUUGUUAACUCAUUACAUCACAUAAUGUAGAAUACAAGACUAAUAUUGUGCGUAUAUUUACUACAGAUUGUCACAUGUAGCAUUGUGCUUUUCCUUCUGCUGCCUCUGACUUCCGUUGGUGGUUGAUGAAAGAACUGUACGUCUUUGGUUUCUUGUUUUGUUUUUUUUCUCUACAUCUGGAUGGUUUGUCUUUUAUUCACAGAUAUGUAUGGCAUAUUAAGAAGCACUUUUUUUUAUUUUCCUAAACCUAACUUGAAAAAGGUCCCAGUCCAUAGGCCUAAAUAUGUAUGUACAGACAGAGAUAUAUAUGACAGUUUAACAUGAACCCUGUUUUAUUUUUACAGUAUUUCUGCAUUUGUUUGCUUUUCACUCAUUUGAUCGAAAACGGCAUACAUAUCAAAUGAAACUUAAUGAGGAAUCAUGAAAUGCUGCAUUAGUGAAGUGCUUGUCAUUAGUGGCACUUAACUUUUGUUCAGCUUCUGGAAAAGAAAUUCAAAAGUCUUUCAGAGGGAACAAGUGUGAUCAUAGGAAUUCAAAAACUUACUGUACAUUUUAAUGGUGCUAACGAAACCUCUGUUUGUUUUUUACAGAAACCACAAAGUGUCACAUUAUGUCAAACAGAAUAUUGCCAGCUUUGAUGUCCAUACUCUGGAUUUGAAUAUAAAAAAAAAAAAAAACUGUGUUAGCCACUGCUGAAUAGUCAAACUAUUUCCUCUGCUGCCUCCUCCUCCUCUUUCCUCUUGUUGUAAAACCACUCAAACAUCAGAUCCCACUCAGACAAUUGCCUAAGACGAUUUCGGGUGCUCGACCCUCGUGAAGACUUUGUUUACAGAACUUUCUUACAGGGUCUGAAUAAAGGGGUUGCUGUCAACUCCUGGUGAAUCAGGAUUUUUAGUCUGUUUUUUUGUUACCCAUGAAAGAAAAGCUCUUCAUUUUUAAGAACACAUUAAUAAAAUUUUUAGCACAACCGGUAAAGACCUUUCACUGAUAUUCACACUAACGCUGAUGGCAUAAACAUGUUUGCCUUUUUUUUUUUUUUUUUUUUUUUAAACACAUUCUUUGACUUGCUUUUGGUGCUAAUAGGACAAGAUGUCAAGGUACACACAUUGACUUAACCUGCUUAUUUACUUACAUAACAGUGAUGGCAUGGUGCUUUUUCAAACUCAGCACUCACUGAUCUGUUGUAGGAUUCAAUGCAAAGGUAGUUUUUAUCAUUUCUCUGGAACGUUACUUACUUGACAACAGACUGAGAUGCAUUAGCUGCGAUGUUUGUCGAGCGCGAGUACAGGAAAAAAAAAAGAAAAAAAACAGGCAAAUUACUGUGCAGAUGUCCAUGUAGAGUUCAGAUGUCUUCCACGGAUAACCCAGCUCUCCAAUAGUUCUCAAAAAUCACAACAUACAUGCAAGAGAAAUGAAUGUAAACAAUUUUUAAAUCUGUUGAUUUAGAAAGAAUAUUUUCAAACAUCACAUGACAAAAUUACUGUUGUAAAUGUUUCUUUCGAUUUACUGUGGCUGACUUUUUCAGUCCACGUUGAACAUGUUUGUAUCAAUAAGGAACUAACAAAGAGCACCAGCAUUCAAAAAACUGAAAAAAAAACAAAAAAAAACUUUUAUUAGUAGAAAAUGUGUAAAUAUGUAUGUGAACCACAUUGUUUUUACUGUAUUGUUAAUGGUGUUUAGACAAUGGGUGAUCUUGCUUAUUUUGAAACUGAAUUACUGUAUGUUGCUGCAAAUAUAUCCAGUUUAGACUUGAGAAGAGACUAAAUUUAGCAUUCCUUUUAUGGAUGGCUGAUCUCUUUCGGGAUUGUGAAAUAAAGUCAUAUUUAUAUUUUGGACCUGA